AUGCUGAUAGCCAGAGGGGAGUUUGCAAGUUAUAUUCAAGGACCAGCAGUGGAGCAGAACCGACCAAUGGAGCACGUGAAGAAGAAUCAGAAGUCGAAUUCUCACAAUACGCAACCAGUUCGCGUAAUUAAUGUAAUUCAUGGUCGGCCAGAACCUGCCGAGGAAUCAGAUGAACUGCUUCGAACAUGCCUUCGCCAGGCACGGAUGAAGAGAAGGAUAGGCAAUGUAAACACUCUGCACCAACAGAGUGCAUCAACGCAGAUAAAGUUUAACGUAACAGACUUGUUGCGUGUUCAAAUCCCUCAUGAGGACCCGUUGCUCGUAAGUUUGACAGUGGCUAAAUGCUUGGUGUGUAGAGUUCCAAUUGACCCUGGAAGUAGUGCGAACAUCAUGCCAAGAGAUACAUUUGAUCGGCUCGAGAUCAAACAGGAUCGGCUGAAAUCCACCGGGAAUCCACUAUUAGGGUUUGAUGGAAAGCGAGUGGAGCCCGUCGGCACGGUGGAGGUAGCGGUACAUGCUGCCGAGAGGGUUUUGACGGAAACCUUUGUGGUUGUUGAAAUUCAUCCCUCUUACAAUCUUCUGAUGGGCAGAGGGUGGAUCCACAGAGUUCAAGGUAUUCCUUCCACUUUGCAUCAGGUAAUAAGAUGCCUCAGGCUAGACGGAACCAAAGUGAUUGACAUUCAUGGAGACCAAGUUGCAGCUAAAGAAUGUCAUUCUGUAACGCUGAAACAUGCCGGAAAGGGGAAAGCUCCCAUUCGUUCAAUAAGUCUGAGAUAG